CCAAAACUCCUACGAAAUCCUUGUCAAUUUUGUGCUCUUUGGUGACGAAAUUUUUGAGAAAAUGCCCCAAAUUCUCUUUCUGGGCGGGUACUUGCUGGCGAUCACUUAUCCAGCACGCGAUCAGACCGAGGUGGUGAACGUAUGAAUGACAGUUUACGACACACGCUAGCAGGAGCGUGGACCUUGCCGCCGCCCCUCCCCGGCACCAGCAUCACCAUUGUUGAUUGUCACGCCGCACUCCCGCCGUCACCAUGUUUACCAUCAUUAUUUCCGCCACCAUUGUCACGCCGCCACCACCACUACCACCUGACGACACCUUCCACGGCGACGCGGCCUUCCUGUGGGGCGUCAGGGCUCGGGACACCGAUGUUUGUUUUCUCGUAUGUUUGUCGUCUCAAAGUCACGUUUAUUAUUGUCAUGGCGUCGUCAGCUCGCUGGGUGGUGGCCGCGGCGGUGGUGGUGGUCGUGGCCGCGCGGGGGUGCCGCGCCCAGCACACGCAGGACAACAUGCGUCUCGGGGACGCGCUGCGCUGGCCCGGCGGCGCAGUCACCUACCACCUGGGCACCAACCUGACGGGCGAGACGCUGCGCCACAUCAAGGAGGUGGUGGAGAGCCUGGAGGCGGUCACCUGCCUCAGGUUCACGCCUCUCCGGGACCGCCCCGCCGCCGGCCUCGCCGCCAGGGUGCUGUACAUCCGCCGCGGGCGCAGCUGUUUCUACGAGAAGGUGGGCCCCGACGGCACGGGCUCCGUGCUGCUCAGGCUAAACAGGAGGUGCUCCGGGCGGCGCGGCGCGCUGCUGCACAUGUUCCUGCACGUGCUGGGCGUGCGCCACGAGCACCAGCGCUACGACAGGAAUUUCUACGUCACCGUCAACCACCACAACAUCGCGCCCGCGCUCGUCAGCCAGUACACGCGGCACAGCUGGGCUGCGAGCUACGUGGCCAGCGCGGGGCUGCCCUACGACUACACCAGCGUAAUGCACCACAAGCCCGACGCCUUCGCCGUGGACCCCAGCGAGCCCGUUCUGUGGCCGCUGGUGCCGUGCGCCCGGGCCGUCAUUGGCCAGCAGGACGGGAUGAGUCGCUCCGACGUGGCCAGACUCAACCGCCUCUACGGGUGCGAAAAACACUACCUUGGCAACGACAUCAUCGGGGCGGUGCCCUACCUCAAGUGGCGGCGGCACGCCUUCAGGCUGCGGCAGCUGCAGGACCACCGCCGCUGGUGAGCCACGCCAUGCCGCGGCCGACAGUGGCUGGCUCGCGUGACCAACUCCUGCUGCAAGAUAAAUCCCCCUAUGUACUAACCCUAAACUCACAUCCUAUCGCUUGUUAUAUCACUAAGACUGCCAACACAGCUGCCUGCUUGCUUUAAGACAACUCUUUACCUUAUUUACUUUCCCAGGUGUUCACCUGUGUAUUAGCCUGCUGCAGCGGCUCCAUUGACAGUACCUACAAGUUGAAACCCUUGGCUUGGAUUCCCUCCACCGCGGCGUCGCGCUCCCUCUGUCCAAGUCCCGGAGGCUCCAGGCGAAUUGCUGACGGCUGGCAGGAGUUGCGUCUUCUCUCCACUCCCGCCGCCUCGCCGGCCAUGCAUCCCCGUCCAGGGCAUGUUAUCGGGGCGUUGUCGCGCGUGUAACUUGGUUUAUGUGCCUUUUUAUUACUCCUUAUCGCGGAAUUUACAUGAAUUAGUCGCCC